CCAAUGCAGCCUCAUUCCUGUCAAGUUUCACUCAGCUGCGCCGCCGUCGUUUACCUUCAGUGCCGCUACACCCAGCUACUCGUCCUGCGGCUGUUGUAGCUCCAUGUGGAGGCGUGCCGGAGGAGCGGCCCAGCUGCUACUACAGGAGGCGACACGCUGAGCUUCCACUUGCUGAGGCUACACCCAGAUCGACAACACAUCUUCUCUGCCAUUGGUCACAUCCAUCUAUCUGAGAGGUUGGUGGCACAUCCAUCUAUCUGAGAGGUUGGUGAGGCAGUUCAAUUUGCCUCUCUCUUUACAAUUUUACACCAUCGCCGGAGGCAACGCCCAGGAGGAGGGUCUAAGCUUCCGCUCCUGGAGGAGAUACAUCUUCUCUGGUGUUGACCCCCACGUCUUCUCGGCCGUCGGUGUCGUCCAUCCAUCUCAGAGAAAAAUUAUCUGACAACAAUGGCGAUGGUGCUGGAUGCAUUUGUGUCCUACCUGGUGGACAUGCUCACGCAGGCAGCAAGAGAUGAGGUGAAGACUAUGUUGGGCGUCUCCGGCGAGAUCGACAAGAUGGGAGACAAGCUUCGAGACCUCAAGAACUUCCUGGCCGAUGCCGAUAGGAGGAACCUCACCGACGAGACUGUUCAAGAUUGGGUGGGGCAGCUCAAGCGUGCCAUGUAUGAAGCUACCGACAUCCUUGACCUCUGCCAACUCAAGGCCAUGAAGCAUGGAUCAUCCUCGGUUAAUGCAGGGUGUUUCAAUCCCUUGCUCUUCUGCAUGCGAAACCCUUUCCAUGCUCAUGAGAUCGGCACCCGCAUCAAGGCGCUCAACCAGAGGCUUGACGACAUCAAGGAACGGAGCGUUGCUUUAAACUUCAUCAAUCAUGGGUCCUAUGAGGAUCAUAGCAGCAACACCCAUGCCUCUCGCCAUGGUAAUCCAAGCCUCGGCCUCUGCAUCUGGGCGAUGCAUACGGCCACUUUAUUAAUUAUUGUCACAAGACCUAACAAAGUAAUACAGCAGUAAGACUAAAGCCGCCGUCUAAACAA